UAGACACUGUAUGCGACACUUCCACACGGCUUGACUUGACCCUGAGAUAUCUCUGACAAGAGUGGAUAAGGAAAACGGCCGGAGUCAUUCAGAUCCACUCCAUUUCGUCUACCUUGCCAAGAUGUCGCCACGAGUCACUCCAUUUCGUCUACCUUGUGAAGAUCUCGCCACGAGUCUCUGCAGGUCUUUCCUCGCACCUGGCACGAAAAAAGGAGUGAUAUAUUGUUAGUGACUAGUAACUUCUGCUCCGCGAUACAAAGCUUGGUACAGGCCAGCCAGAAGGUAGCUACUGAUUUAUUUGUACCCCCGUUAAGUUGUCCUCAAGGUAGGGUACAGAGAUAGAUGGCCAAUCCGGUGGCCGGCGUGGAGAAGAUCAUUAAGCUUGGGCUCGCGAUCAAGGACGCCGUGGACACGGUUCGCCACAACGAGGAGUGUAAUGAAAUCAGAAGGCGUGUGCUCAGGUUCAGCGACAUCCUUUCGCAGCUGCAGCAGACGGGGAUGAUGAAUGAUAGCCCGGCGAUGAGCGGUGCGCUAGAGGAUCUCGAGGAGAGCCUCCAUCGUGCCCUCGAGCUCGUCAUGGCCUGCCAGGAGAGGAGCACCAUCCGCCGCCUCAUCGCGGCAGGGGAGCUCUCCAAGCAGCUGCGCCGGGUGAAGGAUGACAUCCUCAACAAACUGAUGCUGGCGUCAUUCGCUAUCAAUGCCCACACCACCAUUGUGUUACUUACCAUUCAGGGUGGUGGCCAUCCUCUGCCGCACCGGCAGCCAGAGGAUAAAGGAGUGAUGGAGACAUCAAGUAACAGCCAUUCUACUAAUGAAGCCAGAUCCCUGUUGAAUGACUACACAAACACUGUGCCAGCAGGAAGCAAAGGGCCCUUUCCUCCAUUACUAGGCUUGAGAGAGUUCAAGCUAUCUGAGUUGGAGGCCGCUACAAAUAACUUUUCACACAACAACAUCAUUGGUAGAGGUGCCCAUUCUAUUGCCUACAAGGGUGUAUUAAACGAUGGAUACAUGGUUGCCAUCAAGAAAAUUGUAGAGCCAGAUAGAUAUAUUUGGGCACGAAAUUUUGAUAUGCAUGUUCUUGUUUCAAAGCUUCAGCACAAAAAUAUAGUAACAAUUCUGGGAUAUGUCUACCAUGAAGUCCGAACUGCACUGUCUUCGUCAGUGGUGUGUUUUUUCAAACGCAGGGAAGUUCAGGUUAUAAAAAGGGAAUAUUUUUGGGUCGAAGAAUAUGCAAUGAACAGAAGCUUGGACAGUAUUAUCCACGGGUCCCGACUUGAUUGGUACUCCCUCUUCCGGAUAAUUGAGGGAGUAGCCACUACUAGAAAACAAGCCAUCGGUCCAGACCAAAAGUACCACUUGUUGUUUCACCCGGUACUAAUACGAGCAUCAGUACCGGGUGCAACGAGAGCCGGUACUUUUUGAUCUGGACCAAUAGCCCGAGGUGUCCAAAAGAGCCUUUGGCACCGGGUCAUGGCACAACCCGGUACCAAUGCUUAAAAAUUGGCACCGGUUUAUGCCAAAAUCCGGAACCAAUGAAAGAGAUAUAUUUUAGUACCGGGUGAUAGCAUGCACCGGUGCCAAAAAUCGAGUUUCAGCACCGGUGGAAACAACCACCCGGUACCAAAAAGUUGUGGGCGGCCUCUUGUUCCAGAUAUUUCUAAGUGCUGAGCGCCGCUCUUGUCUCUCCACCGCUCCUCUCAUCUCCCUACCUUAUCGUUUGGAGUGCAGGGCGCUGCGGGGCGCGCGGGUCGCCACCGGUCGCCACUGCGGGGCGCUGCUGCGGGCCGCCGCCGGCGGGGUGCUGCUGCGGGGCGUGCCGGCCGCCGCUGCAAGGCGCUGCUGCGGGCCGCCGCGGGGUGCUGCUGCAGGGCGCGCGGCCGAGCGCGGGGCCAGGGCGUGGCCGUGCCCUGGGAGCACGUCUCCCGCAGGUUCUUCACCAAGCAAGGGCACCCGUGGAUUGUGUCCCGUGGGAGAACUUCGGCAGUGGCCUGCUGAUUUAGAAUUACAGAUGCUCCGUUUCAUCUAUCUGCAGUGUAGAUAGUGGCGUUCAUCCAAUAGAGCAACCUUUUGCAGUUGACUUUUGCUCUCUGUAACCCAUCUCUUGUUUGCGUUCAUCUCUUGUUUGCUCUCUGUAACCCAUGAACAGUCUUCUUUCUGCUGAGGAAGAGAGAACUAGACUUGUUCUGGAGAAAAUGGACCCAAAAAAAAUGGAAAAAAUUAUGUACAGUUCAGUCGUGUGUUUCAUCCAUUUUGCUUAGCGAGUUUAUGUGCUUCCUGCUUCCUAUAUCUGAACCCUGGAUGAGUGUUGUUGAGAGUUGAGACUUGAGAAUGCGCUCAUCUGUUGAUUUGCUGCUGGGAGUACCAAAUCAACAAAGGAUGCGGGGAACGGGGGGAGGAUGCAAGCGAACGGCAUAGCCGCCCUUGGUACCGGUUGGUAUUAUUCCAACCGGUACUAAAAGAGGUCAUAGGCACCGGGUGAUUUACCCGGUGCCAAAGGCAGACUCCAUUGGUCUCGGUUUCCGGGUACCGGUUAUAGAACCGGUACUUAAGGCUCUUUUCAACCGGUGCCUAUAGCUCUUUUUGUAGUAGUGAGCCUAGGGCAUGCACUGCCUACAUGAGCAAGGCAAUGUCCAUUUGGAUCUGAAACCAAGCAACGUCCUCUUGGAUUCUGAUAUGACUCCUAAGAUUAUUGAUUUUGGAAUAUCUCAAUUGUUGAACGACAACAAGAGUGAUACCCAUGGUAGUGCUGUACGGGGCACUUGGUAAAGACAUAUUCUUCAAUAUUAUAAUUUGCAUAACUAUAUAUGUUCAUGAAUCUUUUUCUUCAUGUUCCUUUAUUGAGGUAUUUCGUUUUUUACUUGACCAUUCAGGGGAUAUAUGGCUCCAUAAUACAUGGUAUCAGGUAUUUUAUCAACCAAGAAUGAUGUGUAUGCUUUUGGCAUGACCCUUCUUGAGACUACUAGCAGUAUGCUCAUAUCUAAACCACCUAGAGAACACCCUUUAGAUAAAUGGGCUUGGGAUGCUCGGGAGGAUGGUAGGAUGGAUGAGUUAUUUGUUCCGGAACUGCUUGGUGAUGAGCCUCAGCUAAAGGAGAUCAAGAGGUGCGUGGAGGUAGCACUACUGUGCACUCAGUUUGAUCAAGCAGACCGCCCCCACUUGGAGGAUGUUCUUCAGAUGCUACAUGGACUGAAAGAAAUGCCGACCCCAAAGAAACCAAGUUAUAUGGUGGAUUCUCCUGAUCUACAUGAUGACGACUGGAUUUUUGUGGAGAGGAAUGAUUUACCGUGAACCAACCCAUGAGGGUUGUGAUGUAUAUAUGUUACAAUCAAGGAGAAUUACAGGAAAGAAUCUCAGAAUUACAAUCAUGAUUACAAUCACGGGAUUGCUAAUCAAUCCAAUCAAUUAGCUAUCUCUAUUGCCAUA